AUACCCAAGGAGAUUGGAAAUUGUUCGAAGUUGGAGACACUGUUGAACGAUAAUCAGUUUGACGGGUCAAUUCCUGCUGAAUUUUGUAGUUUGUCUUGUUUGACAGAUUUGAAUGUAUGCAAUAACAAAUUGUCUGGUCCUUUCCCUGAAGAGAUUGGGAAUCUUUACGCGCUUGUAGAAUUAGUGGCAUACACUAACAAUCUCACAGGUCUGCCACGUUCUUUUGGGAAUCUCAAGAGUUUGAAAACAUUUCGAGCUGGGCAGAAUGCUAUUUCUGGAAGUCUUCCUGCAGAGAUUGGUGGAUGUAGGAGCUUGAGAUAUCUUGGACUUGCCCAAAAUGAUUUAGCUGGAGAAAUACCCAAGGAGAUUGGGAUGCUUAGGAACUUGACGGAUCUGAUUCUUUGGGGUAAUCAGUUGUCAGGUUUUGUCCCAAAGGAACUUGGGAAUUGUACACAUCUUGAAACUCUUGCUUUGUACCAGAAUAAUCUCGUGGGAGAGAUACCCAGGGAGAUUGGGAGCCUCAAGUUUUUGAAGAAGUUAUACAUCUAUAGAAAUGAGUUGAAUGGUACCAUUCCAAGAGAGAUAGGUAAUCUUUCUCAAGCCACAGAAAUUGAUUUCUCAGAGAACUACCUGACUGGAGGGAUUCCAACUGAGUUCAGUAAGAUAAAGGGUCUAAAAUUACUGUAUCUUUUCCAGAAUGAGCUGAGUGGUGUCAUUCCAAAUGAGCUUAGUAGCUUGAGGAACUUGGCGAAGCUUGAUCUCUCGAUUAAUAACCUAACAGCUAUUCCUGUUGGAUUUCAGUAUUUGACACAAAUGUUCCAGUUACAGUUGUUCGACAACCGUCUGACUGGUCGUAUUCCUCAAGCUCUUGGACUUUAUAGCCCACUUUGGGUGGUUGAUUUUUCUCAAAACCACUUGACAGGAAGCAUACCUUCUCAUAUAUGUCGACGAUCUAAUUUGAUUUUGUUGAAUCUCGAGUCUAAUAAGCUGUAUGGAAAUAUCCCAAUGGGGGUCUUAAAAUGUAAAUCCUUGGUGCAACUUCGUCUGGUUGGAAACAGUCUUACUGGCUUCCCUUUAGAGUUGUGCAGAUUGGUGAACCUUUCAGCUAUUGAAUUGGACCAGAACAAGUUCAGUGGUCUAAUUCCUCCAGAGAUUGCAAACUGCAGAAGUUUACAAAGGCUUCAUCUUGCAAACAAUUACUUCACAUCUGAGUUACCAAAGGAGAUAGGGAACCUCUCCGAGUUGGUGACUUUUAAUAUCUCAUCUAAUUUUCUCACUGGACAGAUUCCCCCUACGAUUGUUAACUGCAAGAUGCUUCAACGACUUGAUCUCAGCAGGAACAGCUUUGUUGAUGCUUUACCAAAAGAACUUGGGACUCUUUUGCAGUUGGAGCUUCUCAAGCUCUCCGAAAAUAAAUUUUCUGGAAAUAUACCUGCAGCAUUGGGAAAUCUCUCCCAUUUGACAGAGUUGCAGAUGGGUGGAAAUUUGUUUUCAGGUGAAAUACCUCCAGAGUUGGGUGCUUCAAGCUUGCAGAUUGCAAUGAAUCUUAGUUAUAAUAAUCUCUCGGGGAGAAUACCACCUGAGCUUGGGAAUCUUAUUUUACUGGAGUUUCUACUGCUUAACAACAAUCAUUUGAGUGGUGAAAUUCCAAGCACAUUUGGAAAUCUCUCAAGUUUAAUGGGGUGCAACUUCUCAUACAAUGACCUCACUGGACCUUUACCUUCCAUUCCACUGUUUCACAUGGUUAGCAGCAGUUUUAUUGGAAAUGAAGGCCUGUGUGGUGGGCGUCUUAGCAAUUGCAAUGGAACUCCAUCUUUUAGUUCUGUUCCUCCUUCUUUGGAGAGUGUGGAUGCUCCUCGGGAAAUCAUCACAGUAGUUGCAGCUGUUGUAGGUGGGAUCUCUCUCAUUCUGAUUGUAAUUAUUUUAUAUUUUAUGAGACGUCCAGUUGAAGUAGUUGCUUCUUUGCAAGACAAAGAGAUUCCCUCAUCGUUUGAUAUCUACUUUCCUCCCAAGGAGGGUUUCACUUUCCAAGAUCUAGUUGAGGCCACAAACAAUUUUCAUGACAGCUACGUGGUUGGAAGGGGGGCUUGUGGAACUGUUUAUAAGGCAGUUAUGCAUUCUGGGCAAACCAUUGCAGUUAAGAAGCUUGCCUCUAACAGGGAAGGAAACAGCAUUGACAACAGUUUCCGAGCUGAAAUUCUCACACUGGGAAAGAUUAGGCAUCGUAAUAUUGUGAAGCUCUAUGGUUUUUGCUAUCACCAGGGUUCCAAUCUGCUUCUGUAUGAGUACAUGGCAAGGGGUAGUUUGGGUGAGUUGCUUCAUGGGGCAUCUUGUAGCUUGGAAUGGCAAACCCGGUUCACUAUUGCUCUUGGGGCUGCUGAAGGUCUUGCUUAUUUACAUCAUGACUGCAAACCAAGGAUCAUUCACCGUGAUAUAAAAUCUAAUAAUAUUCUACUUGACAGUAAUUUUGAAGCUCAUGUUGGUGAUUUUGGUUUGGCAAAGGUUGUGGACAUGCCUCAAUCUAAAUCAAUGUCAGCUGUUGCUGGAUCAUACGGAUACAUUGCCCCUGAAUAUGCUUACACUAUGAAGGUUACAGAGAAAUGCGACAUAUAUAGCUAUGGGGUUGUUCUAUUGGAGUUGUUAACAGGGAGAACUCCUGUACAGCCACUAGAUCAAGGAGGCGAUCUUGUCUCAUGGGUGAGGAAUUAUAUUCGGGACCAUUCAUUGACAUCUGAGAUAUUUGACACUCGUUUAAAUCUAGAAGACGAAAAUACUGUUGAUCACAUGAUUGCUGUCUUAAAAAUUGCUAUACUGUGCACAAAUAUGUCCCCUCCUGACCGGCCUUCAAUGCGGGAAGUUGUGCUGAUGCUGAUUGAGUCUAAUGAGCAUGAGGGGUACUAUAUCUCAUCUCCAAUCAAUGAUCUUCCUCUG